AUGACUCAAGAAACUACGGGCGUCCAAUUGGGGAUUAAGACGGACGAACUUGGGGAUGGAAACCAACCCGGUGUGACGCCCUCUGCGGAAAUACAAGCUGAGAAGAAACCCCAGCCUCCAAACGGAGGUUACAUGGCUUGGCUUCAAGUUUCCGCUGCCUUCGUCCUUUAUUGGAAUACCCUUGGUCUCCUCAAUGGCUUCGGUGCUUUUCAGACAUACUAUGAAGAAUCCUUGCUCAGCAAUGAGUCGCCAUCAGCCAUCUCAUGGAUCGGUUCCGUCCAGAUCUUCUUUCUCAUGGCUGGCGGUGUCUUCUUCGGUCCUCUGUACGAUUUAGGCUAUGCGCGCUCGAUGUUGGUCGCGGGCACGUUCUUGGUGACGUUUGGCUUUAUGAUGACUAGCAUCAGCGCGAAAUAUUACCAAAUAUUCCUGGCCCAGGGACUCUGUGUCGGCAUCGGAACCGGCUGUCUAUACAUCCCCGCCAUCACCUUGGUUCCGGCCUAUUUCACCACUAGACGAGCCCUAGCAAUGGGCAUCUCUGGCGUAGGAAGCAGUCUAGGAGCGACCCUCUACCCCCUCAUCUUUGAAAGGCUCCAGCCGCAAAUAGGAUUUGGCUGGACUGUCCGUAUUAUCGCAUUUAUUAACCUAGCGAUGUGCUCAUAUGCUACAUUCAUCGCAAGACCCCGCCUAAAACCUGCCCGGACCAACUCCACUGCAGGUUUAAGCUGGAGCUCUCUCAAGGAGGUUGCCAAGACCGCCGAACUGUCAGACUCGCGCUACAUUAUCCAAUGCGUCGCCAUAUUCUUCAGCAAUGUCGCUUUCUUCGAACCUCUGUACUAUCUGCAGAGUUAUGCCCAGUCUCAUGGGAUGGAAGGCCAGGACCUAGCCAACUAUCUCCUGGUGAUACUUAACGCCGUCGCUAUUCCAGGCCGUAUUAUACCUUCGUAUGUUGCUGACAAGUUUGGUGUGUUGAACACCUAUAUAGGUAUCUGCGCUUUUACGGCAGUAAGCGUCUUUUACUGGAUUAGCGUGAACAAUCGGGCUGGAAAUAUCGCCUUCUCUGUGCUGUAUGGCUUUUUCUCCGGCAGCGUUGUUACCCUAGCGCCAGUGGUAUUGGCGAGCAUCACCGACGAUCUUAGCAUCUUAGGCACUCGACUGGGUUUCGUCGCCGUGUUGAAAGGAAUUGGGUCCCUGAUCGGGCCACCCAUUGCUGGCGCCAUCUUAGGGGCUACCAAUAGCUACCUCGGCGUCCAGCUGUUCGCUGGUUUGGCAAUAUCGCUCACCACCGUGUUUGCCGGCCAGCUACGGAUCAUAGUGGCCCGUCAUAAGAAGCGGAUAGACAAUGGAAGGUCCGAGAGCGAAAGUGAGCCGAGUGGCGAGUCGGAAAAGAAAGUUUAG